GUGUGUGUGCGCUGGUGUAAAUACGACUUUGUGAUGGCAGUUUUGACGCCUUCAGUCUAAAAGUUGGGGCGUUGUAGUCGGUGUCAAACUCCGGUUUGACUGUCCGGUAGGCGCCAUGGGGAACCGGUGGACUCGCAGCGGCAGCAGCUUGUCACUCCUGCCGGAGAGGCAGAGCUCCGGGCGCCGGGGAGAGAAUAAAGACUCCGAUAAUGACUCUUUGGAUGGGCUCGUUAGACGGGAGGACAUAGCAGAGUUCCCGUACGUGGAGUUCACCGGGAGAGACAGCAUAACAUGCCCGACAUGUCAAGGCACUGGACGGAUACCCUCAGGUCAAGUGAAUGAACUGGUCGCAUUGAUUCCAUACAGUGACCAAAGGCUGCAGCCCCAAAGAACGAAACUAUAUGUGGUCCUGUCGGUUGUGGUCUGUCUCCUGGCUUCUGCGCUCGUGGCCUUCUUCCUCUUCCCUCGCUCAGUGGUCGUGGUGGAUGACGGGAUUCGCUCGGUGACGGUGCGCUUCGACCACUCCAACCAGAGGGUCCUCAUGAACAUGACGAGCACGCUGAACUUCAGCAACCCAAACUUCUUCUCGGUGCUCGUGCAGAGCGUGAACUGUCAGGUUCUCUACAUGAAGACGGUGAUCGGAACUCAGCAGCUGGACAAUACCACCACCAUCCUGCCGCUCAGCGAGAGACAGGUAAACUACACUGUCAGCGUUGAGAUCGGCAGCAGCGCGGCAUACGUCUAUGCCUUCUGCACCAUGCCCAGCAUCAAGGUCCACAACAUUGUGGUAUUUAUGCAGACAGCAGUGAAAACCUCGUACAUGGUCCGAACCUCCCAGAACAGCCUGGAGGCCUAUCGCUACAUAGACUGCGGUUCCAACACCACGUACCACCAGAAAACCCACCAGCACUGGCACCAUUCCUCCAACCGCUCACCAGCCACAUCUCUCAGCCCCCCUCUGCUGUGAUGGGGGGGGGUGGGCACCACAGUCCUAACAGGAGGAAGGGAUGAAUCAUUUAGCAAUCAGCACACACACUUCCUAGACGGAUUUUGCGCUUCCUUCUCGCAGAUGAAACCACCAGCAGAAAAAGCAAAAAAAUACCAAACUGUGCUUUUUUUUUCUCUGUCUCUCUUAAGCUUACACAGAACUGUAACAGCUAGUGCCAUUGAAUGAAGCGUUUUUUCCUGAACAAGUGUGGGCAAAGAAAGGGAAGAGAAGAGAAGAAGGGAAUCGGAUGUUUUCUCACCACGUGGAACGAGGGCAGCUAGGUGAUAUUCUGCUUUGCUUACUCAUCACGUCUCAAACUAUUUCAAAACUGGCUGACCUCAUGAGUCACAUGAGGCAAACAGAGUGAGUCACCGACAACGAGCUUUCUCUCCCUCUCUCUCUCUCUCCCUCUCCGGCCCUGUUUUGGAUGCAGGACAAAUGUCAAGAGAGAGGGAAAGCUCUUUUUCUUGUCUUAAAGGGAUCACUGUUGACAUUCCUCGCUGACAAUGAAGCUCCAGAGUCGGCGAUCUUUAAUUGAAUUAACCCUGCAGAGCUCCCGUCUGCGUCCGCUGCAUUCUUCAGCACAGCCGGAGCGACCUGAAGACACUUUAACACUGCGUAGACUGAGAGGCUGCUGAUGUUUUGGAAUAAAUAUUUAAUGCAAGUGCAGGAGGGAUCAUUUAGGGAUUGUGUUUAAAGUAUGUGGAAAAUGAUAAACUUAAUGCUUUUUGCUGUGUUAUUUAACUAAAUUUAAAACUGGCAUUUACAAAAUUUGGAUGUUUUUAAAUGAGUGAUACAGUUAAUUCGGGGUACCUCUCAGCAAGUCGAAGCACACUGAUACUUUUUUUUUUUUUUUUUUAGAUUCAGGGUAUCCAGAUUUGCUUGAAGGCAUCAGCAAAGCUUGUGUGUUGAUGUGAGCCUGAGAUUAUUCUGGUUAGUGUUUCUUUUAAUCAUUGACACUCCGAGCUAAAUUACUGAAAAGCACAUUUGUACCUCAUAAUAUAUUCUGUUGAGCAUCUGCAAUACAGUCCAGAUGUGCAGCAUGUCCUGCCACCAGCGUUUAAACAUGGAACAGACAGAAGAUGGAGUGAGAACACAGUAGAUAUUACACCAUGUAACAUCUGUAUGCACAUCUGUGUAUUUAACUCAACUCCUCUGUGGCUUAAUCAAACCUUGGAUGCUUCGGCAGAGCAUUUCAAACCAGUUAGUAAAUGAUGUCAGAGAGUUUGACUGUAGCUUUACAUUUCAAGUAUUCUCAAAUGACUCCGUAUAUUUAUAAGCUCCACUUCCACCAUAGAAACAGUUAUUGAUUUGACUUUUUUUAAAGGGAAAGUUCUCUGUAAAUUUUUGCAUCAUGAAAUGAUUUUACCUGAAUUUCUUCUUUUUUUUUUUAAAGGGCAGUAUAUAUUUUCAAGUUCUAAAAAAGUCAUUCAUGUGGAUUGUGAAUAAAUA